CCUCACUCUCACUCCCCUCCAAAAUCCUCUCUUAUAUAAACUCAUUUCUUAAUUACAAUCUCCUCAUUAAUUAGCAAAGGGUCAUUAAUGGCUUCCAAUAAAAGCUCCCAUCUCUUAGCUCUAAUCCUUGUGAUCAAUAUUCUCUUCUUCAAGUUGGUUAGUGCGUGCAAGUGCCCUAAAGAUGCCCUAAAGUUGGGUGUUUGUGCAAAUGUGCUUCAUGACUUGCUUCAUCUUGCGCUUGGUGUCCCUCCCAAGAGGCACUGCUGCCCUCUAAUUGAAGGGCUUGUGGACCUUGAGGCUGCUGCUUGCCUUUGCACUGCCAUUAAGGCUAAUGUUCUCGGGAUUAAUCUAAACGUCCCGGUUUCCCUCACCAUUCUCCUAAACUUCUGUGGCAAGAAGGUUCCAUCCGGCUUUCAAUGUUAUUAAUCGUGUCAAAGAAUCAACUCAGCCAAAAACU